AUGGCACCCAACAUGUCCCUGUUCUCGGUGAAUGCUAUUCUCAUCCUCUCCACCGACGACUCGUCCCGAAUUCUGGCCAAAUACUACUCUCCACCACAUAUUCCUCAGAACGCUCAGGGCAACAACUAUCCCGGCGCAAACCCAUACCCGAUUCUCAAGGACCAAAAGGCAUUCGAGAAGGGCCUUCUCGAGAAGACUGCGAAACAAACGAGUGAUGUCAUCCUAUACGACAACCGGGUUGUCGUGUUCAAGAUGGAGGCAGAUGUCAUGCUCUACGUAGUGGGAGGAGCAGACGAGAACGAGAUUAUGCUCUACAAUGUCAUUCUGGCGCUAAGGGACAGCUUGAACAUUCUCUUGAAGUGAGUGUCAAGCUCUAUCUGGGGUCUGCAAGAUACUAACAUAUGUGUCCUUUAGGAACUCCGUCGAUAAGCGCACUCUCAUCGAGAAUUACGACCUCGCAUCCCUCUGCAUCGACGAAAUAGUGGACGAUGGCAUCAUCCUCGAGACAGACCCAGUCAUCAUCGCGAGUCGAGUCAGCAGACCACCAGCGCAAGACGUGCCCAAUCUUCAGGGCGGUAUCGACUUGAGUGAGGAAGGAUUGUUGAAGAUCUACCAGUUUGGAAAGCAAAAGCUCGGGGAACGUUUACGACAAGGUCUAUGA